AUGCCGAUUAACCAACCCUCAAACCAGAUCAAACUGACGAAUGUUGCUGUCGUCAAAAUGAAAAAAGGCAAAAAGCGCUACGAAAUCGCCUGCUACAAGAAUAAAGUCCUCGAGUACCGUUCCGGCGUCGAAACCGACCUCGACGAAGUCCUUCAGAUCCACCAAGUCUUCACAAACGUCUCCAAGGGCGCCGUCGCACCGCACGCCGACCUACAAAAGUCCUUUGGCGCCUCCACACAGCUCUCCGACAUCAUCCUCGAGAUCCUGCAGAAGGGCGAGCUGCAAGUCGGCGAGAAGGAGCGCAAUGCGAAGCUCGAGAUGGUCCACAACGAGGUCAUAUCGCUGGUCGCAAACAUGUGUGUCGACCCGGAGACGAAGCGCGUCUACACGGGGACCAUGGUCGAGAAGGCGCUGCAGGAGCUGAGUUCGCGGAAGAGCGAUGAGGAGGGCGUGCCGGCGUGGCAUGGCGUCACGGAUAAGAAGAGCAGUAAGGCGCAGGCGCUGGAGGCCAUCAAGGCGCUUGUGUAUCACCAGCCGGUGAGGAUUGCGAGGGCGCGCAUGAGGUUGAGAAUUGUCUGUGUUAAGAGGGUUAAGGAGAAGGUUGAGGAGUUUGUGGAGGAGGUCGAGGAGGAGGGGUAUGAGGGUGGUAACUGGGAGUGUGUUGGCUUUGUGGAGCCUGGGAGAUAUAAGGGACUGGUUGACCUGGUUGGGCAGGAGACGAAAGGAAAAGGAAGAGUCGAAGUGUUGGACACUGCGGUUGUGCAUGAGGGAUAG